AUGUCCUCAUUUAGCUCCGUCCAUGGUCCGAAGCGAGCAGCAACCCCUUGCAAGCAGAGCCGCUGCGGCGGCAACGGCGGCGCGUUUGACAGCGGAGGUGGCGCCACCGCCUCGGCUCCCUACUCCUACGCCUUCGCAACAACCUCUGCCGCGCAGCGCAAUCGCCCAAAACCUCUGCCCAGCAGUGCCGGCACCUCGGCUUCGAGCACCAUUUGCCACCGUCGGCUACAACCUCCGGCCAGCAGCUCCGGCACCUGCCGGCGAAGUACCUCCUGCUCCGGUCAUAAUCCCGAGCAGCUUGCGGUGGGACGGCCUUCCCCUGGCUCCAGCAGUCAACAGAAGUACCGGGCAACAACCUCCGGCCAGCAGCUCCGGCACCUGCGGGCGAAGAGACCCCCUUCGACGGCAGGUUCCGGCACCAUCCGCCCAGCAGAUCUUGUGCCUGCUGGCCUCCACGUCGGUUGUUUGAAAUACUGGCCGGAGCCUUAUGGAACAGCACCUCAAGGCCCUGUCCUCAUCCCUUGCAGUGGGACGACCUUCCCCCAGCAUGCGCAGAGAUUUCGUCUAGCGAGCUGCUGUAGUGGCUGGGCCACGCUGAAUCUUGGUGUUUCUGAACUUGUUGCUGUCCUGCGUGCAUCGACCCCUGGAGGAGACCAUGAGGAAGCUGCAGUCCGCGGUGCCGGACGCGCUGCGGGCCAAGGGAAAGGGGCUCCCCACGCUCAAGCAGCUCGAGUGGGCGGACGACACCGAGCGGAGUGCCACGCGCGUCGCCCAGGACAUGGGUGCGUGGGUGGCUUGUUAGCCAGCAAGGCGCACACAAGAGAUGAGUUUGAGCGGUCUAGCCUGAAAUGGUGGGAAAAUUCAGAGCUAGAAGGGAUGAAACAUAUCAUCAAACUUAGCUACAACGAUCUUCCUCCUCAUCUCAAGCCAUGCCUAUUGUAUCUGAGCAUAUUUCCUGACAACCAUGAGAUCGAAAUAGAGCGUCUUGCGAGGCGAUUAACUGCAGAAGGGUUCAUCAGUGAAUGCUGUUACAGAGAUAUGGAGGAAACAGCGACAGACUACAUAAAUGAGCUCAUUGACAGAAACUUAAUCCAGCCAUCACGGCUGAACCAUGAUGGCACUCAUCGGAGCUGCGUUGUUCAUCCAGUAAUACAUGAUUUCAUCGUGUCCAUGUCCAUGGAAGAUAAUUUUGUUACUCUGGUACAUGCUCAACAGAAAUUUGCCCCACGUGGCUAUCGCACCAUCCGACAUCUGUCCUUGUUGAACAGUGGUAAAUAUGACCAGGCUGCUGCACAAAUCGAUGGGGCGAAAAUUUCUCGUGCUCGCUCCAUCACCGUAUUUUCUCACACCGGGGGCAUGCCUCGUCUGAAUUAUCUCAGUGUGCUGCGAGUUCUGGACCUCGAAGACUGUGAAGGUCCACUGUGCCUCGAUGGUCUCUGCGGAUUGCUGCUUCUGAGGUACUUGAACCUCAAGGGAACAGAUGUCAGCAAGCUCCCAGCAAAGAUUGGGGAGCUAAGAUGCCUAGAGACACUGGAUGUGAGAUCCACAAAGGUAAAAGAGCUACCUCCCAGCAUUCUCAAGCUGGAAAAGCUAAAGCAUUUGCUUGCUGGGAAUGCAAGGCUGCCGACGGGGAUAGGCAAGUUGAAGUCAGUGCUGACAGUUUCGUGCAGAAAUAUCGGGAAGAGCACCGAUGUGGAUAUCCUUCAAGAGCUCGAUGAAAUGGCAAGCUUGAGUGAACUAGAACUAUUUUGUAAUUUUACACAGAUUUCUGGGGAUAAGAGACAAGUCACGUUUCCGAGUGACGGAUUUAAGAGUCUUAGGAAGCUUUCCAUUCGAUGCAACUCGCCAUCAGUGACCUUCAUGACCGGCGCUCUAUCGAAGGUUCGAGUGCUUGAGCUGAAGUUGGAACAAUGCGUUUCGGAGAAGUCAAGAGGUGUGUCUGGCAUAGAGCAUCUGCCGCAUCUGAAGCGCAUGCUCAUGGAGUUUUCGCAGCAUGAUGCGGGUGCUGCAGCAGCAAUGGCUGUAGUCAGGAAGGUUGUUGAGACAGUCCACCCAAGCUGUGAAGUGAUCACCGUAAACGCUGAUAACUACUAG